AUGCAUCAAUACCCAUACAAAGCAGUGUAUAAUCUGGAGAAGGUGGAGAGCACAGUUAAUUAUGCAGGCAAGGAAGGCUACAUCCCCAAUAACUAUGUAGCCAUAGACAGACUUGAAACCGAAGAGUGGUUCUAUAAAGGAGUGAGCAGGAAAGAUGCAGAGAGGCAGCUGCUAGCAUCAGCAAACAAAACGGGAUCGUURAUGAUCCGUGACAGUGAGACAACCAAGGGCAGCUACUCCUUAUCCGUAAGGGACAGUGAUUCCCAAUCAGGAGACACAGUCAAGCAUUACAAGAUUCGUACACUGGAUAACGGUGGRUUCUACAUCUCUCCACGCAUCACCUUCACCACUCUGCAGGAACUGGUCAGCCACUAUAAAAAGCAGGGAGAUGGUCUGUGCCAGGCCUUGACCAGCCCCUGCCUCAGUCCCAAGCCCCAGAAGCCCUGGGAGAAGGAUGCCUGGGAGAUCCCUCGGGAGUCCCUCAAACUUGAUAGGAAGCUCGGGGCUGGCCAGUUCGGAGAGGUCUGGAUGGCUACAUACAACAAGCACACCAAGGUGGCAGUGAAGACCAUGAAGCCUGGCACCAUGUCGGUGGAGGCUUUCCUGGACGAGGCCAACCUGAUGAAGGCCCUGCAGCACGACAAGCUGGUCCGUCUGAACGCCGUGGUAACUAAAGAGGAACCCAUCUACAUCAUCACAGAGUACAUGGAAAAGGGCAGUUUGCUGGACUUCUUGAAGACUGAUGAGGGCAACCGUGUGCAGCUCCCCAAACUCAUUGACUUCUGUGCACAGAUUGCAGAAGGAAUGGCCUACAUCGAGCAGAGGAACUAUAUUCACCGAGACCUGCGAGCCGCCAACAUCCUGGUCUCGAAGGCUCUGGUGUGCAAGAUUGCUGACUUUGGCCUCGCCCGAAUCAUCGAGGACAAUGAGUACACAGCCAGGGAAGGAGCAAAGUUCCCCAUCAAAUGGACGGCCCCAGAGGCAAUCAACUUUGGCUCCUUCACCAUCAAAUCAGACGUCUGGUCCUUUGGCAUCCUACUGACCGAGAUCAUCAGCUAUGGACGCACACCAUAUCCAGGUAUGACAAACCCAGAAGUGAUUCGCUCUCUGGAGAGCGGCUARCGCAUGCAGCGCACCGACAGCUGUCCGCAGGAGCUCUAUGARAUCAUGUUGGAGUGCUGGAAGAACAAGCCCGAGGACCGGCCCACCUUUGAGUAUCUGCAGAGUGUCCUGGAGGAUUUCUACACCGCAACAGAGAGCCAGUACCAGCAACAGCCAUGAGCCAGAAUGAUUCAGGGAGAUACAUAACCUACUCUCUCAUACUCUUAUACAAAUGUACAUGUGUACAGACAAACCUACAGAGAAAAAAGGGGAUCUGAACAUGUUUCAGAUGGUUCCUUAUGAAAUAUGGCAUUUACUGUAACUUAAUAAGGUAUGACCUAACAAAUGUAUUACAGUGAUUCAUGAAAUGGCUGAGUCUAAGGCGUUGUCAACAUUUUAAUUUAUAUUUAUUUUGCAUAUCUUGUUAGGUGACUUUACCUUCCCUUCCCCUUWGUAGUUAGCUCUGCCAGUCCUGUUUGUUUGUUGUAUGAAUUAACUGUGCUCUAACUAUGUAUUUGAAUUAGCUUUUCAUACACGCCCAGAAAAUGCACAAAAUAAGAAAUACAAAAAGAUUUGUACAUUUCCUAUGUAUAUGCCCAGGGCAUACAGUAUAUUGGAAAAUGUUAUUUUUAUUCUGGCAUAUACCAUUGAAUCACUAUAAUUCACUGAACAAGCACUGGAGUAUAAUAUUUUAAUUUACAAAACACAUUUUGUCUAUUUGAUUAAUUUAUUCUAGCCAAGAGUACCUGUCCAUUCUCUAUACACAAAUGUGGACAACCCUUCAAAUMAGUGGAUUUGGCUAUUUCAGCCACACCCGUUGCUUACAGGUGUAUAAAUCGAGCA